UUUUUUAAGGAAUGCAAAUAUGGAACGGGUUGUUGACUUGAAAAGUGUGCGAUGCAUUUCAUAAUUACGCGGCACAUCGAAUCAAGAAUUAAAUUUAUUGGCAAAAGCGUUAAUAAUCGAUUUUUUUUUAAAUAUAUGUUAUCGGUAAAUAGUUGCCGCCCUCAUUAGAAUGCUAACAUUUACGUAGCAAAAUGUCUGCGGUGGGUCCCACGCCUGCUAGCUGGUAGAACAAUUACAAGAUGGUUGUACGGGCGGGUCGGGACCUGGCGUUCGUCGGUGAUCUCCGGGCUGUCCUGAAUCUGAGAGCCCUGGAGGACGGCACCGCGAGCUGGGUGUCUUCUCACUUGCCUGGAAUCCAGCAGAACAUCCGUCCCCACAUAAGAAGGACACUGGUCACCUGGAUGUUCCAAGUGUGUGAGGAGCAGAAAUGUGAGGAGGAGGUGUUCCCGUUGGCGGUCCACUACCUGGACUCUUACCUGAGCCGCCAUGUUGUGCAAGACUUCCAGCUCCAGCUUUUAGGUGUCGUCACCAUGUUGCUGGCCUCCAAGAUGCGAGAGAUCGUCCCUCUGACAGCAAGCAAGCUCUGCAUCUACACAAAUUUCUCCAUUUCGCCGCGAGAAAUCCUGCAUUCGGAGGUGUCGGUGUGGUCCCGGCUGGGCUGGCGUCUGGCCGCCGUGCUCCCGUCCGACUUCCUGGAGCCGAUUCUCCACGCGCUCUCCUUUCUCGGGGCCCAGCACUUUCCCAACGUGCGCCGACUUGUCCACUCCUACGUCGCGCUGGCAGCCAUCGAGCUGAAGUAUUGUGACUUUUUGCCCUCAACCCUCGCCUGCGCUUGUGUGAGCGCCGCAACACAGAAACUCAACUUGGCGGACCCGCCUGAUUCCCUGCUCAAGUUUCUUGCCAAUUUCCUGGUCAUCGAGCUGGACCGCAUCCUCCUCUGCUACAACCGGCUACAGCGUGCGCUGGAACUCGUCCUGCCUUCCCUUUUCCGAGCCGCUGUUUGCAGAUCAAAGGUCGGUGACGCCAGUCAUAGCCGGGUGGAAACUCCUCCCUGCCACGACACGCAAGUGCGAAUGUAGCACAGGCCUGAAUUUUUUUAUUUUUUGCUCACACAAUACAUGAUUCAUAGUUUAGAUCACUCAAAUGGGCUGCAACAGAUUGAAGAUUGUUUUUCGGUAUUAAUUGUUCCACAUUUUCACAAAACACUAAAUUGGAUACAA